UCAUCCCCCAAUUUUCUCACCUAACUCUAAAGCAAAGCCUACUUCAUUCCUCAGAAACACCAUCAAUCAAUUAGUCCCAAACACUCUCUCCAAAUGGCUUCAAGAGCUGCCAUUUUCGUUGUCCUAAACAUUCUCUUCUUCACACUAGCAAGCUCAACCAAUGCCCCAUGCCCUCCUUCAUCUCCGACUCCGAUCCCAAAGCCACCAUCCCCGGCCCACCACGGCCACAAGGCGUCGAAGGGAAAGUGCCCCAAAGACACCUUGAAAUUGGGGGUUUGCGCCAACUUACUGAAUGACUUAGUGCACCUUGUGGUGGGGACACCUCCCAAAACCCCAUGCUGCACUCUCAUUGAGGGUUUGGCCGAUCUCGAGGCGGCCGUGUGCCUCUGCACUGCGCUCAAGGCCAAUGUGUUGGGAAACAACCUCAACGUGCCCGUCUCGCUCAGCUUGCUCGUCAACUACUGCGGCAAGAAGGUGCCAUCCGGCUUCCAAUGCGCAUAAGUUAUCACCAAUUUGAUCAAACUAUAUUACUACGGUUGCUUUGUAUGUCAUGUCGAUUCCUUAUGUUUGUUCAUAUUUUUUUAUCUUUGAUUAUAAUGUAUGCUUCUUGCCUUCUGUCAUUUGUAUUGGUUGCUACUGAAGCACCAUCUUAAUUAACAAUGAAAUGGAAAUGGAUUAUGAUUCCGAUUUCAGAAUUAUAAUUAGCCAAUAAUUAGGCACUUUACAUUUUGGAAUGUUACCAUCAUAAUAGAGUCGUUGCUAUUUUUGCCAAAAGUUAAUUAUUUUA